UAAAAAAAAAAAAAUACUCGGAAUUUUGUCAUUUCUCUCUCCUAUAACUCCAAACCCGGCAAACUCCCGCACCCUUCCUCCUGUUCUAGUCGGCAGCGCCCCUGCCAUCCACCUCUCCCCCAACGACAAAAGCAAUUAAGCAACAUGUUUCACCAUUCACCACCUGUAGUCGGUGGCGCUUCUUCCAACCACCUCUCUUUCUCUGAUACUGAUGAUAUUUUCGGAUUUGUGUCCCUAGAAGAGAUUGAUGAGUCCGUAUACAAUUUGGCAAUUCCGGAAUCCAGAGAAGACAACGUGAAGGAAAAGUCGGGGACAUCUCAUAAAGCAAAGACGAGAAAACGUGUGGAUACCAUUGGAGCCGAAUGUGAUGACGUUGGCAUUGAGGUCGAUAAAGUGCUAGAACAGGGUAGUGUGAAGGAAAAGAAAAACAAGAAGAAGAGAAGGAAGACAAAACAAGUGCAAACACAACCCAAAGAUGGUGAUGUUGAAAUUGAGGCUGAUAAAGAGAUGGAAGAGGGUUAUGUGAAUCAAAAGAAGAAAAGGAAGCUGAAACAAGUGCAAACACAAGUUACUGAAACCAACACUGAAGAUGGUGAACAGUUGGUCGAUGAAAAUGAAUUUAAUGCAUGGCAUGAACUCAGGCUUCAUCCAGAUCUCAUGAAAGCAAUAUACAAGCUUGGAUUUAAGCAGCCAACGCCAAUUCAAAAGGCCUGUAUUCCUGCCGCUGCUCAUCAGGGAAAGGAUGUUAUUGGUGCCGCAGAGACUGGAUCUGGGAAAACACUUGCUUUUGGCUUUCCGAUCCUACAACGUCUUCUUGAUGAGCGAGAGAAGGGGGAAAAGCUUAUGUCAGAAGAUGCAGAAGCUGUUGAGAUACUCGCACCAAGAGGUUUUAUCCGAGCUUUGAUAAUAACUCCAACUAGGGAACUCGCUCUCCAGGUGACUGAUCAUCUUAAAGCAGCAGCAACAUCUACUAAUUUCCGUGUGGUCGCUAUUGUCGGUGGGAUGUCGACAGAGAAGCAAGAGAGGCUUUUAAAAGAAAGGCCUGAAAUUGUAGUUGGCACACCUGGGAGGCUCUGGGAACUUAUGUCAGGAGGAGAAAAGCACCUUGUUGAGUUACAUUCAUUAUCUUUCUUUGUGCUGGAUGAAGCAGAUCGAAUGAUUGAGAACGGGCAUUUUCAAGAGCUACGGUCAAUAAUUGACUUGCUCCCUGGAACAAGUGGAGUUACUGAAAAGCACUUCCAGGAUGUGCAGAAUUGCACAACUAUCUCUAAUUUCCAGAGGAAGAAACGUCAAACAUUUGUGUUUUCUGCAACAAUUGCAUUAUCUCGUGACUUCCGCAAAAAGCUAAAACGUGGAUCUCUGAAAUCAAAACAUUCAGCAACUGAUGGGUUAUCCUCUUUAGAAGCUUUAUCAGAAAGAGCAGGAAUGAAACCUGAUGCUGCAGUUUUUGAUUUGACCAGUGAAUCAAUAAUGACCAGUAAUCUUGAGGAGUCCUUUCUUGAGUGUAGCGAAGAAGACAAAGAUGCGUACUUGUAUUACAUUUUGUGUGUUCAUGGUCAAGGACAAACAAUUGUUUUCUGCUCAUCAAUCACUGCAUUACGCCAUGUUGCUGCUCUUUUACGCACCCUCAACAUUAGUGUUUGUGUCCUUCAUGGUGAGAUGCAGCAGCGAGCUCGCUUAAAGGCACUUGAUCGCUUCCGUGAGAAUAAGAACGGAAUACUUGUAGCUAGUGAUGGGGCUGCCAGAGGACUGGACAUACCCGGAGUUCGUACUGUUAUCCACUAUCAGCUACCGCAUGCAGCAGAAGUUUAUGUCCACAGAAGUGGAAGAACAGCUAGGGGUAAUACUGAUGGAUGCAGUUUGUUACUAGUUUCAUCAAACGAGAGAUCAAAGUUUGCCUCUUUGUGCAAAUCUUUUGGCAAGGAUACUCUUCAGCGUUUUCCUAUUGUAAAUUCAUACAUGCCAGAAGUUCGGAAGCGGUUAUCUCUUGCUUGUCAAAUAGAUAAGAUUUCACGGAGAGACUCGAAGGAAAAGGCAAAUAAGAGCUGGUUCAAGCGCAAUGCCGAGUCAAUCGGGCUAGAUGUGGAGGAUAAUGACAGUGAAGAAGAAAGAGUUAAUAAAUGCAGGCAAAAGAAAACUUCCUCCUUGCAGAUGAAAAAACUCCAGCAGGAGCUCAAUACAUUGCUAUCACGUCCACUACAGCCAAAAUCCUUUUCACAUCGCUUCUUGGCUGGGGCUGGUGUUUCCCCACUACUGCAGCAUCAACUAGAAGCGCUAGCUCAGCAGAAAUGUAUCAACGAUAAAAGUUCUGGGAAUAUCAAAAAGAAUGUAGUUGUUAUUGGCCAGGAUUGUGUUGAGCCGCUCCAGGCACUUCGUAGGGCUGGUCCUGAGGUACGCCUGGAUCUCAAUGCGCUUGCAGAAAAGCAACAGGACAUGGAGAAGUUGAGGAGAAAAAGAAAAGACGCAAAAAAACGUCAGAAAGAGCAAAAGAGACAGGAGAAAAAAAGGCGUAAGGAAGCCAUUGGUAGUUAAGAAAAUUGGUAGUAGUAGCAAAAGAAUAUGAUGGAUAGUAUAGUUGCAACUUUACAAGAUUGUUUUAGCUCUAUUAGGAGAGUGAUGAAAUAGUUUUGCUGUCUUUAUGUAUCCAAUCCAGUUGAAGAUACGAGUUCCUCAGGACUCAGGUAGGGGUUUGCCUAGGACAACAAAGUAACAACCUACUAGGACAUGAGAAUUGAGAUGAAAAACUUCACUCAAAUAUCAAGAGAGCAUGGGGGGUGAUUUUCUGGCAGAUGCUGAGUAUACGUUUUGUUGGGACUAGUUUGGAAAAUGUCCUGGUACUGUGCAACUAACUACUGAUCUGUUUGCCGGGUCUUCACUCUUGAAUGAUUGAUGAAUGUAAUGAAUCUUUCAAACUCAAGAUCCACAUUAUUUUAUUACUCUAUCAAUUUGCAACUCCAA